UUUAGAUUCACGAGGUACAGCCCCUAGCAGUACGUCUUGUCUCAGGCCACAAGUAGAUGGCGUCUGACUACACUACAACACAACCAAUACAGCAAGAUAGCUGAGUCACAUAACUAGGUAGGCUACUGUGGAAAAAGCAACAAUACAGAAACGGGUGUGAACACGGCUAUAGAAGCGCCUGGCAAUUAUCGGGAAUCGUCUUGAAGAUGUUGUCCAUAACGUUGAAGACUCUUCAGCAGCAAACGUUUAAAAUCGAAAUAGAUCCAGAACUAACGGUGAGUAGGGGAAGUUAGUGACUCUGGUAAAUACGCUUGAGGCCGGGGGAGAGGGGCUGGGAGCAACCAGGGCCUUGGUCAAUGCGAUCUAAUCAGGAGAGGGGGGUGCUAUUUUAUAUCAUGUUUUCAUUGUUCAUGUCACAUUGUAACAGUUGGGUGUUUGUGUCAAAUCGCGAUUUUCGUUGCGUUUGAGAGAUUGCCUGGCUGUAUCCUCAUGAAUGACGACGCAAUAUUUCACGAGCCCGGUCUAGAUACCAAGGAGGCGCUCUCGUGUACCCCUUUUUCUGGACUAUAGGAAUCGGGUGGAGGGGGGCGUUCUGUACAUUUGUUAUGACAAAAGUGUGUAUUUGUUAAUGCACUUUAGGCCUACAUCGAAUUUGUGUUUUGUAUAAAAGAGGCUGUAAAAUUACAAACCCCUACCAAUAACUGUAAAUGAAAAUGAGUAGACUAAUAAUAUUAUAAUUAUAAUAAUCAUAAUGAUAGUAAUAAUGAAUACAAAUAUGCAUUUGAGAUCAUCUACAUUACAACUAUUCAUUUUCUCUAUAGAAAUAACGCCAUACCCAAUUAGUGGGCUAUCGAUUAUUACAAUUGAUUUAAUAAAUGAUUCUUAUACAAUAUUAUGACUGAUUGCUGUUUUCAAUACUUUUCUAAUGUCAACACAUUGUCUGCUUUGCAUAUUCAUCUGCUCUAUAUACCUGCCUUAAUUUACAGGUAAUGUUUCCCCUUUAGAAUGCAACUACCAGAAUACCUCACAUAGCAGUAACCGCUAGGGUUCUACCUUUAGAGUUGGUUUGUACUAUAGUACUGCUGUCAAUGAGAAUACUUUCCCAGUCAACACACCUGGUAAAAUGGUUUAGCUACAUACACCUGAUUAGCAAGACACUGAUUUGUUUAAUCGGGUGUGUUAGCAGUAGCACUGGUCUUGAUCAAAAGUCUGCAUACCCUGUGGGUCCACGGGACCAGGCUUGAGCAACGCUGCUUUAGCGUAACCUUUAGAUGUAAAUAGUAGUACUGAAAGUGCCCACUAAUGGCCCUAAGUAUGGCUGUGCACAAGCUUUGGCAUCUGUGUUACAAACUCUUUCUCUAGGACUAUAUUGCUGAUUGACUGACAGAUAGAUUACAUUGCUGGCAAUAACACUGUCUGGUGAGCAACUUUACAUCUCUGUUUUAAAACGGGAACGUUUAUUACUGUAUCAUUAACUUGUGUAGUGCGUGUCAACUUUAAAAAUAAAUUUAUGGUGUAUCACAUAAGGGAAUGUAGAUCCAUUGAAAUGCAUCUGUCUAUAAAUGUAUCUGUAUACUUCCUCGAAGCACUCACAACAAGGUGAAGUAAUGACGGAAUGUGAAUUACAGCUUUUCACUACAACUCCCACAAUCCUCAAGGAUUCUGCUUUAUGACUGAGAUGAGACAUAUAAUGUGUCACCAUGUUAGGUUGAGGAGAGGUGAUCUCCACAGAGAACUAAUCUGAAGAAUGUCCCGCCUAUAGAGAUACAACUAAAUGGGUUCUAUCUCUAGUCCUGUUUAAAAGCUUGUCAUUAUGUCAUUAUGUUAUUGGCAGGUAAAAGCCCUGAAGGAGAAGAUUGAGGUUGAGAAAGGGAAGGUUGGCUAUCCAGCCGCAGGGCAGAAGCUCAUUUAUGCAGGUAAGCGAGGCAGUUUAUCUUUAACUGCAUUGUUGGAGUAAUCUUGAAUGUCAACCCGACACAUCUGGAAUGUUGUAGCCUAUAUAUUUAAUUGAACAGGUUCUUCUUGUUGUGUUUUUAAAGGCAAAAUCUUGAAUGAUGACAUACCUCUAAAAGACUACAAAAUUGAUGAGAAAAACUUUGUGGUGGUCAUGGUUACAAAGGUAAGAUUUCAACACUAUUUUAAUGGAUUAUUUGGUAACCAUUCAUAUGUGAGGAUAAUAUGGUAUUGAUUAAUUUAUAGUAAACCUUAAUAAAGGACAAACAAGACAGACAUUAAAGUGCUAAUAAUACUGUCAUUACAGCAUUAAUGACAGUGGAAGCAGAAGUUUAUCAUUUGUAUUUUUAGAAAUAUCUUAUUCAUUGAUAUCUAAAGAUGAGAUAGUUGUCUGUAGUCACUGUGGUCAUCUCUGGGCAGUCCUAUUUGUUGUCUCCCUACAGCCCAAACCUCCAGCUCCUCCACAGAUUUCUCCUCAGGCAACCCCAGCCCCCGCCUCUACCCCUGCUCCUGCCCUUGCACCUCCUGUUGUUUCUGGGCUGUCCCUAUCAGACAUUGCCUGUCCUACUUCCUCUCCUGCCCCCAUGGAGAUCUCAACCCUCUCCCCUACACCCACACCCGCCCCUGCCUCAAACCCCACCAAAUCAGUGGAGCCCUCCACACCCCCGUCCCCUGCACCAGACCCUGCUUCUAUUCCCCCUGCAGCGCUGGGGGCCAGUGCAGCUUCAGCUCCAGCCGCAGCAGCAUGCCCCGUCCCUGUCUCCCCCUCAGAGGACAAGCCUUAUGAGGAGCACCCUGAACAGCCCCUCGCCACAACACCAGCCCUCUCCUCCUCUAGGUAUUGACAUAUGAUACAAUAUUUUGUUUCAAGAUUUGGAUGGCUACCAUGUUUUUAGUUAAUAAAUGUGUCUGUUUUGAUCAAUUAUUUUUCUCUCACAGCCUUGUUGAUGACUUAAGUCUCUUGGAAGAAGCAGCAUCAAUACUGGGUAAUGAAGAGUCUAGUCUAAUCUUUCACAUCACAAUAUCAUGCUUCGUCUUCCCAUUGAUUUAUGACCCUGUAUCCUUUUCCCCUCUCUUCGCGAGACAGUGACAGGACAAGCGUAUGAGAAUCUGGUGUCUGAAAUCAUGUCUAUGGGAUAUGAAAGGGAGCAGGUUAUUGCAGCGCUGCGAGCCAGUUACAACAACCCAGACAGAGCCGUGGAGUACCUGCUAAUGGUGAAUUUCCAUCCUAUCAGUGAUUUAAUGGUAAAUUAGUGUAUUAUUACCUAGAAGCAGUGGAGCCAGUUCCAAGGUUCCAUCACACUCUUUUCCAUCCAAAGACUCAGUGCCAGACUCUACUGACAAUCUGACAGCAGUAUGCACACAGAAUACAAAAGGAUUUUCAGUUCCAAAGCUGUACACAGUUGUUUGUGUGUUUAUCCAUCUGUGUCCUUUACAAUGAGAAGCGCUUUGAUCACUUGCAAAAGAGCAAUAUAAAUGCACUUCAUUAUUAUUAUUUCAUUUUCCUGAGGGAUCAUAAAUUCUUCUCUACAUCCUCCAGGGGAUUCCGUCCGAGGCUGACCUUCCGCCAGCGGAAGCGCUUCAACCCACAGCUCCGGUCAACCCCACUGCCCUAGCUCCUGCCCCAGCUCCUGCCCCAGCAUCUGCUCCAGCCACAGAUAUAGCCCAGCCCCCACCAGCAGCCACCAGUGAGACCCCCCCCCCACUCUUCUCUUGUUCUUUUACCAGCCUUAUGUUGCUCUCAUACCAACCAAUCAUUUCUCUGGACAAACACUGCCAGCCAGGCCCGGUCCUGGCCGUUCUUCCGCCCUUGGCGAUAUAAAAAAUGGAUGCCCUCCUUUCCCCAGAAAACUAGAAUAGUGUAGCCUACAGUGUCGGCCCGCAAUGGAAUUUUAUGAAUGCCCAUCCACGUCGUACCGUUUGUAAAACAGGCAGUUACAUUUACUUUAUUUAGCCUAGUCCUGAUUCCUGACCAAGGCUUAAUUAAAACUAAUCAUUUUGGCUAUUUAAGAUCUGCAUAUCAGCUACCCAAGUUUAUCAGGAGUUAUUUUGCACCUAUUUGCAAUCAGAAUCAAUGUGUUUUCACACAGCGAGAAAUGCAGAAGUAUUUUCUUCGCUAUGAUCAGCUCGUCAAAAAUUGAUGAAUAGGCCUACAAUUGAAAUUAUUGAUUCAUUACAAUUUAGCCCACGGAGUGAAACUCUCGGACAGCAGUCGUGAGUAGCUUAAUUUUAUUCCAUAUUGUCCAUUUUAUUUUGACCUGACCUGUUUUUAGGAUAUGGUGUUUGUUAACCUUUUACUGCAGUGGGCUAAAUCAGGGUCACACAGUGUUUCUUGGUAGUCUUAAACAAAUCGACUUUGAAACAAAAGUAUACACCUCACACACAUGGUUAUGGGCUUAAAAAAAGGACACCUGUACUAUGUCAGAUAUAGAGUUGAAAUGUAUUCCAUUUUGAGUUUGCAUCCCAAUAUUACACGUUAUAUACAUCACAGAAGACUGAAAUAUAACAAAACUGUUUGACAUAGAAACACCAGAUUUUUUGUAGUAACAAAAAAACCUUUAUUAAUUAUACAAUUAUGAAACAUAUUAAUAAUAUUCCACCCAUGAGGCCAAAGAGGGUGCUUUUGGUCAUUGACUGCAGGAAAGGGCUAUCAUGCAAAGUAAUAUUCAAAUCAAAGCACAUUUUUAAUUGAUAGGGUGCCAUUUAGACUAUUUGAUCAGAGAUGUGCAUGAUGUAAAAAAAAAUAAGUCUGUCUCAUAACAUUUUCAUAAAUAUGGUCUCCAGUUUGUAGGCUACAAGUAAGCAUUUCACUGUUAGUCUACACCUGUUGUCUAUGAAGCAUGUGACCAAUACAAUUUUAUUAUUUGAUUUGAAAAAACUCUUUCUACUAUAGGCUACAUGAUUUAUGUUAGAUGACUUGAGCGUUGGUGGAUUUGAGAUUUUGUGUCACUGGCCUACACACAAUACCACAUAAUGUCAAAGUGGAAUUGUGUUUUUAGACAUUUUUACUAAUUAAUUAAAAAUGAAAAGCUGAAAUGUCUUGAGUCAAGUAAUCAACCCCUUUGUUAUGGCAAGCCUAAAUAAGUUCAGGAGUAAAAAUGUGCUUAACAAGUCACAUAAUAAGUUGCAUGGACUCACUCUGUAUAUAAUUCCUCGCAAAGAAGGGUACCUAUUGGUAGAUGUAACUGUUUUAAAGUCACCAUUGGCCUCAAAUCCCUGAGUGGUUUCCUUCCUCUCCGGCAACUGAGUUAGGAAGGACGCCUGUAUCUUUGUAGUGAUCAACAACAUUGUAGUUACUCCACAAUACUAACCUAAAUGACAGCAUGAAAAGAAAGAAGCCUGUACAUAAUACAAAUAUUCCAAAACAUGCAUCCUGUUUGCAAUAAGGCACUAAAGUAAAACUGCAAAACAUGUGGCAAAGAAAUUAAUUUAAUGUCCUGAAUACAUCGCGUUAUGUUUGGGGCAAACACAACACAUCACUGAGUACCACACUUCAUAUUUUCAAGCAUGGUGGGGGCUGCAUCAUGUUAUGGGUAUGCCUGUCAUCGGCAAGGACUAGGGAGGUUUUUAGGAUAAAAAUAAACGGAAUAGAGCUAAGCACAGGCUUUCCAACAGACACUGGGAGGCAAAUUCACCUUUCAGCAGGACAAUAACCUAAAACACAAGGCCAUUUACACUGGAGUUGCUUACCAAGAUGUCAUUGAAUGUUCCUGAGUGGUCUAGAUACAGUUUUGACUUAAAUUGGCUUGAAAAUCUAUGGCAAGACUUGAAAAUGGCUGUCUAGUAAUGAUCAACAACCAACUUGACAGAGCUUGAAGAAAGCUAAAAUAAUAAAAAUAAUAAUGUGAAAAUAUUGUACAAUCCAGGUGUAUAUUGUACAAUCCAGCUCUUAGAGACUUACCCAGAAAGACUUACAGCUAAAUAAGUUCAGGGGUAAAAAUUUGCUUAACAAGUCACAUAAUAAGUUGCAUGGACUCUUUGUGCAAUAAUAGUGUUUAACAUGAUUUUUGAAUGACUACCUCAUCUCUGUACCCCACACAUUAUCUGUAAGGUCCUUCAAUCGAGCAGUGCAUUUCAAACACAGAUUCAACCACAAAGACCAGGGAGGUUUUCCAAUGCCUUGCAAAGAAGGGCACCUAUAGGUAGAUGGGUAAAAAUAAAAAAGCAGACAUUGAAUAUCCCUUUGAGCAUGGUGAAGUUAUUAAUUACACUUUGGAUGGUGUAUCAAUAUACCCAGUCACUACAAAGAUACAGGCGUCCUUCCUAACUCAGUUGCCGUAGAGGAAGGAAACCACUCAGGGAUUUCACCAUGAGUCCAAUGGUGACUUUAACAUAGUUACAGAGUUUAAUGGCUGUGAUAGGAGAAAACUGAGGAUGGAUCGAAAACAUUGUAGUUACUCCACAAUGCUAACCUAAUUGACAGAGUAAAAAGAAGGAAGCUUGUACAGAAGAUAAAUAUUCCAAAACAUGCAUCCUGUUUGCAACAAGGCACUGAAGUAAUUCUGCAAAAAAUGUGGCAAAGCAAUUAACUUUUUGUCCUGAAUACGUGUCUUGUUUGGGGCAAAUCCAAUGCAACACAUAACUGAGUACCCCUCUCCAUAUUUCCGAGCCUAGUGGUGACAGCAUCAUGUUAUGGGUAUGUUUGUAAUCGUUAAGGACUAUGGAGUUUUUCAGGAUAAAAAAGUAAUGGAAUUGAGCUAAGCACAGGUAAAAUCCUAUAGGAAAACCUGGUUCAGUCUGCUUUCCACCAGACACUGGGAUAUGAAUUCACCUUUCAGCAGGACAAUAACCUAAAACACAAGGCCAUAUACACUGGAGUUGCUUACCAAUAUGUCAUUGAAUGUUCCUGAGUGGUCUAGAUACAGUUUUGACUUAAAUAUACUUGAAAACCUAUGGUAAGACCUGAAAAUGGUUGUCUAGCAAUGAUCAACAACCAAUUUGACAGAGCUUGAAGAAUUUUGAAAAUAAUAAUGGCCAAAUGUUCCACAAUCCAGGUGUGGAAAGCGCUUAGAGACUUACCUAGAAAGAGUCACAGCUGUAAUUGCUGCCAAAUGUGCUUCUACAAGGUAUUGACUCAGGGGUGUGAAUACUUAUGUAAAGUUAGACAUUUCUGUAUUUCAUUUUCAAUGCAUUUGCAUACAUUUCUAAAAACAUGUUUUCACUUUGUUAUUAUGGGGUAUUGUUUGUAGAUGGGUGAGAGAAUUUUUUUUAAUCCAUUUUGAAUUCAGGAUGUAACACAUUUUGUUGUUGUUGAAUAAGUCAAGGAAUAUGAAUACUUUCUGAAGGCACUGUAUAUACAUUUUCAUUGUUUUUAGGCAGAAUUAUGUGAGGUGUUAUGUGUUGUUGGAGGUGCGUCUUGGUCAGUUUAGUUUGGAAAAUGCAGCACUCGUCAAUGUGUCGCCCUAGGCAGCCGCCUAAUCCUUCCUAAUGGGCAGGUCAGCCCUGCUGUCAGCUCACUACUCUGUUUCAUAGACGUCUUUGAACUCUGUGUCCAUACAUUCUUGUUUUGCAGCAGACGCAGUGUCUUCAACCCAGCAGCUCCCCUCGUCUGGUGGGCUGACUGGUGUGCUUUCUGGUGGGCUAACUGGUGGGCUUACUGGUGGGCUUACUGGUGGAGGUACUGGGGUUGGGAACCCCCUGGAGUUCCUGAGGAACCAGCCACAAUUCCAGCAGAUGAGACAGAUCAUCCAGCAGAACCCAGCUCUCCUUCCUGCCCUGCUCCAGCAGCUGGGCAGAGACAACCCCCAGCUGCUGCAGGUUAGUGGGGAGACUGGACAUCCCAGUGUCUGCAUGCUGUCUUUCUCCAUCCACGUAGCCAUGCUUCUCAGCUUGGCUUUCCAGACGCAAGCGGGUCUGAUGGGAGGCUGGGAAUAUUCUGCACUUUAGAUUCUGUUUUGGUUUAGCCUACUAAAAAGGAAAUUCUAUUUGUAUUCGUAAGGGUUUAUAGGGAGAUGUUCUUUCUUUGCAGCAAAUUACCCAGCACCAGGAACGGUUUGUGCAGAUGCUGAACGAGCCACAAGGAGGAGAGAUGGUAGAGGAGGGAGCUGAGGCCCAGGGGGCGCCACAGACUAACUACAUCCAGGUCACCCCACAAGAGAAGGAGGCCAUCGAGAGGGUAGGAGUAUUUAUGGUUACUAAUUAUAAUUUAACUAAUUCAAUAUUACCUUAUCAAUUGGUAAGCUCCCUUUGUGUCAUUGGUUAUGUGUUUCCGAGCUGACAGUUGCAAAUGUGUUUUCUUUACAGUUAAAAGCCUUGGGAUUUCCAGAGGGACUUGUCAUUCAAGCGUAUUUCGCAUGUGAGAAGAACGAGAAUUUAGCUGCCAAUUUUCUGCUCCAACAAACGUUUGAUGACGAGUGAACGUGGCUGCGUUGGCAUGAAGGGGAAGAAAGCAGGGCUAGAGAAUGAGUGAUAGUGCUACAGAAUAUGCUUUUGAAGGAAGGAGUGGAAAAGGUUACCCAAAGUGACUGGUCUUCCAGGAUGCUUUUCAUUGGACAAAGACGUGAUGUGUUGUUACUGUGAGCUAGGCCUUCUCCAUUCUGAGUGUUAGCUCUCCGUGGGCUCUCUCUCUCACUGCUGCUAUUACUGCUGCUUGUGCUGUGUCAAUCUAUAGAGUUACUGUGGCAGCUUGCCCUCAUCAUAUAUUGCUUUUCAACUCCUCACAAAUAUAACCCCAAACAUACAUUAGCUGGUUGAUACAUAUUUGUUAUGUGAGCCUCAUCUCCUGCGAAAAUAUACUUGAGUUUCCUGUGAUAAAGUGACAAAACCAGCAAAAUGGCCAUGGAACUCAAAUGUGUUGUUUGUUUUUAGGCCGAGGCUGCGGAUCCGACAUUUCUCUGCCCUUCUUUCUGACAACCUAAGGUCCCGAAGCUUCUGCGCAUGUGUGGGAUUCUCUACUCUACGCACAGUCUCUGCUCAACUAAUAGAGAACCCCUUUCACAUUUCUCACUGUCAAUCGUGAAUGAUAAUUCUUUAAAUUUUACAGGUGAAACGUCCAUGCAGCAUCUGC